AUGCAAGCAUCCAUCAAUAAAUUAGAAACUCAAGUAGGCCAACUUGCAACUAUUGUGCAUGAAAGGGUGCAAGGCACAUUCCCAGGCCAACCUGAAAUUAAUAAUUCUGAGCAUGACAAGGCUAUUAGAAUGCUGCGGAGUGGAAAAUCUUAUGGUCCACAAGAGAAUGAUGCACCAAAUGCCGGCCACGCUGAAGAUCAUGUCAAGAAGAGCGCUGCAGCCGAGAAGCCAAAGGAAGAGAGUUACACACCAUCUUUGCCAUUCCCACAUCGUGUUCACAAGCAAAGGAAGGACCAACACAUGUUUGAUAUUUUGGAGAUUUUUAAAAAAGUGCAUAUCAACAUUCCCUUGCUUCAAGCAAUUCAACAACUUCCUUCUUAUGCACAAUUUUUGAAAGAUACAUGUACAAACAAGAGAAAAUUUGCACCGCAUGAAAAAGUGUUAUUAACUGAAGAGUGCAACGCGGUAUUGCUUAAGAAAUUGCCUCCAAAACUGAAGGACCCAGGGAGUUUUACAAUUCCUUGCAUUAUUGGUGAUGUUCAAUUUGAUAAAGCAUUUUUAGAUUUAGGCUCGAGCAUUAACCUUAUGCCUUUGUCUAUUUUUCAGAGAUUAUGUAUUGGAGAGCUCAAGAGUACUUCCGUUUCUCUUCAACUUGCAGACAGAUCAGUCACAUAUCCUAAAGGAAUCAUCGAUGACGUGUUGAUCAAAGCGAAGCAAUUUGUGUUGCCGGCUGAUUUCCUGAUUCUUGACAUGGAGGAAGACCGCGACAUCCCACUCUUGCUAGGCCGUCCCUUCCUUGCUACAGCUGGCGAAUCCGUUGAGUUUAAGGUGUUUGAAGCUGUUAAAAAACUGGGGGACUUGGAAGAGUGCAGCCGCAUUGACAUUGUUGAGACCCUUGCACAUGAAAACUUCCUAGCAAAUUCCACCGAUCAUUUGUUACAGAUUUUCUUAGCAAAUCCUGAGUUACAACCAGCAGUAGAAGAGGAAGCAUUAGACAUAGUAGCGGCACUAAAUUAUGCUCCAACUUACCCUCCAAGGUGGAGGCAUGAGGUGGAAAGCCUUGGCUGUCCAAUAGCUCGAAUUGUACCAUCUAUUGAGAAGGCACCUAAGCUCGAACUCAAACUUUUGCCUGAACAUCUCACGUAUGCAUAUUUGGGAGAGAAUGAUACAUUACAAGUCAUCAUUGCCGCCACUCUCACUUCCAUUGAAGAGGAGAAGCUGCUGCGUGUAUUAAGAGAGUUUAAAUCAUUGCUUGGAUGGGCCAUCGCUAAUAUCAAAGGCAUAAGCCCAUCAGUUUGUAUGCACAUGAUACUUUUGAAGGAGAACUCGAAGCCAAUCGUUGAGGCGCAAAGGCAAUUGAACCCCAAUAUGAAGGAGGUUGUGCGAACUGAAGUUUUAAAGCUAUUAGAUGCUGGCGUUAUCUAUCCCAUCUCGGACAGUGUGUGGGUUAAUCCAGAAGUUGAACUCUUCUACUCGCAAAGAUCAUUUUCCCCUUCCAUUUAUCGAUCAAAUGUUAGAAAGGUUACAAUCAAAUCCCCAUUAGCACCGGAAGAUCAAGAGAAGACUACAUUUACUUGGCCAUUUGGAACGUUUACGUAUAGGAGAAUGCCAUUUGGAUUGUGUAACGUUCCAGCCAUUUUCCAGCGUUGUCAUUUGAUUUCCAACAAGGGCAUAGAAGUGGACAAAGCGAAGAUUGACUUGAUUGCUAAGUUGCCACCACCAACUUCAGUGAAGGGAGUCCGAUCUUUCCUAGGACACGCUGCUUCUAACCACUGCACCUAUUAUCACUGCUCCGGAUUGGAGUUUACCUUUUCAACUAAUCACUGUGAUGCUAGUGAUUAUGCAGUUGGUGCUGUUCUAGGGCAAACAAAGGACAAGUUACCGCAUGUAAUUUAUUAUGGCAGCCGUACUUUGAACGAUGCCCAGCUCAAUUACUCAACAACGGAGAAGGAGCUCUUGGCUAUGAUCUUUGCAUUGGAGAAGUUUAGGUCUUACCUCAUCGGUUUGAAGGUUGUUGUGUAUACUGAUCAUGCUGUCCUCAAGUACCUCUUGUCAAAGAAAGAAGCUAAACCAAGUGAAGAUAAGAAAGACGUGCUUCCCCUCAAUGAGAGCUUUCCUGACAAGCAGCUCUUUAUCAUUCGUCAUGAGGUGCCAUGGUACGCAAACAUUGCAAACUAUCUUGUAGAAGGAGCUGUCCCAACUAAUUUGAGUUACUAG